AUGAAUCGAACCAGUACUACAACCUCGGCCCCGGACCAUGCCGCAACGAGAAAGAGAUACAGACGAGAAGGCGGGAGAUGGUCUCGGUCGGGCUGCUUGACAUGCAAGAAGCGGCGGAAGCGAUGCGAUGAGGCUAAACCGAGUUGCCAUAACUGCACCAGAUUGGGAAAGACAUGUGAGGGCUAUGGGUCUAUGUGGGCAGAGCCCUUGGAUCCAUUUGCGCAAGUGUUCCAGCCUGAAGGACAGAAACGGCGGAAAAUUAGUUCGUCUUCGCCAUGCAGCUCGGAUGGGUUUUCGGAGGGCAGUUUGGCAUUGUCGACUAUUUCGCCUGCGCCAGUGGACUUCGACGACGGUCUCUCGAUAGAUAGUUAUUCUAAGAGCGAAGUAAAUGAUCAAUCAGAAUACACUAUCCCCUAUGCAUCGCUCCAACCCAGCCUCUACCUAACCCACCUCACUCCCCUCGAAACCCAUUACCUUCAAUAUCAUAUCGAACAAGGUUCCAAACUCCUCGUCAACCUCGAAACCACCGAAAACCCCCUUCGAUCCCUCAUCAUCCCGCGCGCCCUCUCCUCACCACUUCUAAUGAAAGCUAUGUGCGCAUUGUCCGCAAUGCACUUUUCCAAUCGCUCUUUUGACAGCUUCGGUGUCAGUAUUGAUGCGCAAACAGCAGCGACCAAAUACUACAUUCAGACUAUGAAAGGGAUACGCAUGGCGUUAGCCGAGGAUUCUGGUGGAGGAGUCUCGGAUGAAGUGGUUCUGGCCGUUGGGCUUCUUUGCAAGUAUGAGAUUGUGCGCGGGAGCGUGAGACAGUGGGCAGUGCAUUUGGGAGCGUUGCAGAGGUUGGUUAUUUCCAGGGGUGGGUAUGCUUCUUUAGAUCGGGAUACGGCGGAGUUUUUGUGUGGUUUUUUUACAUAUGCGCAUCAUGUGGCCAAACUUACCAACCGGCGACAUAUCACAGGUGUCAUGCCGGAAGUUGAUAGUGUGCGGAUCAGAAAAUUGGACAUCUACAUCGGCUAUACGGAGGAUAUACUUAAGCUCUGCGCUAGAACCUCCGAUCUCCCAUCUUUAGAUCCUUUAUCUCUGCAAACAGAAGUUAACGACAUUGAUACCUCCCUCCAAACUUGGUCACCCACAACACCCACAAACCAAUACAUCAUACCCCAAGGAAUGACACCCUCCGUCCUGCUUCGUCUACAAAUGGUCGCAGAAUGUUUCCGCGAUGCAGCAUAUAUCUACCUCCAUUCCAUUCUCGAACGCAUACCCUCCUGUCAACCAUCUUUAUAUCCCAUUUCAACAUCUAAACAAGAAGCCCUGCAAAGGUGCCUAUCUCGCAUCGAAACUUUUCAUCUCGAUCCAGAGUAUUGUGAGUACUCAGCCUUGACAUUUCCGCUCUUCAUCGCGGGGUGUGAGUGCCAGACUAUAGUAGAGAGGGAUAUUGUUAUGGAGGCAUUAGGGGCGUUAGAGAGGAAUUUUGGAAUUGGGAAUGUGAGGAGGGCGAAAGAGAUAUUGAAUGUUCUUUGGAGUGAAAAUGGAGAGGGGCAUUGGCUGGAUACACUGGAGAGGCUGAAGUGGGAUGUCAUUUUGGGGUAG